AAAAAAAAACUAUUAAAAAAACGCGGGUAAAAGGAAGGAUAAAAUAGUAAAAUUAGGUAUUACAAUCCCCAUAUUCAGACAAAACAAUCCGAAAGUGUUCCCCUGGCAUCCCACAGGCCCUCUUUUUUGAAGUUUGAGUUGAACAGCUGUUCUUUUUAAAUGGCAAUCUCGUAAUUCAGUAUAACGACGAGCCCAGAUUUAGUCCGUAUUUUAAAUUUAACCACUUUCUCAUCCAUAAGUUACUUCUCCCAAUUUUCUUAUUAUUAUUUUUUCAAAAAAAGAGAUUAAAUAAAUAAUUAUUCAGGAAGAAAAAGCCUGUAGAGAGAGAGAGAGAAGAAGAAGACCAGGACGACGAGGACGAAGUCGAGAGAGAGAGAGAGAGAGAGAGAGAAACAAUGGCGGAGGAGACGAUGGAGAACGAAGAGAGGGUGAAGCUGUUCGUCGGACAAGUUCCGAAGCAUAUGACGGAGAUUCAGCUCCUCACAUUGUUUAGCGAAUUCUCCAUCGUCGAUGAAGUCAACAUCAUUAAGGAGAAGACUACACGAGUUCCCCGAGGAUGUUGUUUUCUGACAUGUCCUUCAAGGGAAGAAGCUGACAAGGUGAUCAAUGGUUUUCAUAACAAGAAGACAUUGCCUGGGGCAUCUAGUCCGUUACAAGUUAAGUAUGCAGAUGGCGAGAGGGAAAGACUAGAGCACAAACUUUUCGUCGGUAUGCUUCCAAAGAAUGUCUCUGAGACUGAAGUCCAAUCCUUAUUCUCCGAAUACGGAACCAUUAAGGAUCUACAGAUUCUAAGAGGGUCUCUACAAACUAGCAAGGGCUGUCUGUUUCUAAAGUAUGAGUUUAAAGAACAAGCAGUCACAGCUAUGGAAGCCCUCAACGGAAGACAUAUAAUGGAGGGAGCAAAUGUUCCUUUGAUUGUCAAAUGGGCAGACACAGAAAGGGAAAGACAAGCCCGAAGACUUCAAAAAGUUCAAUCUCAUGUCUCCAGACCCGAUCCGCAAAACCCCUCCAUGUUUGGGGCAUUACCUAUGGCUUAUGUUCCUCCCUAUAAUGGAUAUGGCUAUCAUGUACCUGGAACCUAUGGGUACAUGCUACCACCUAUCCAGACUCAACCUGCAUUUCACAAUGUGAUUUCACCGAACCAAGGUAACGGAAGAGCAUUGCUGGGAACCGCUUUGACCGAGUCUGUCCCACCACGUUUAGCCGCCCGUAGAAACUUCCCAACGGCUCUUGGAAAUUAUGGUUACCAUGGCCUUCAAUAUCCUAUGGCAUUUCCUAGAGGGAUGGUACCUCCUCGCCCCCCUCUAACCACAGUUUCACCUGGAAUUUCUAACAACGGCACAUCGAUACCUUCCUUGCUUCAAACAGAAGGACCAGCAGGUGCGAAUCUAUUUAUUUAUAACAUACCACGAGAAUUCGGGGAUCAAGAACUCGCAGCUGCGUUUCAACCUUUUGGUAAGGUUCUAAGCGCCAAGGUGUUUGUAGACAAGGCCACUGGUAUAAGCAAAUGUUUCGGAUUCAUUAGUUAUGACUCACAAGCAGCUGCUCAGAACGCUAUUAAUACAAUGAACGGUUGCCAAUUAAGCGGUAAGAAAUUGAAAGUCCAGCUUAAGAGAGACAACGGUCAACAACAACAGAGUAACAAACCGUUAUUUAACGGUUUAUUAAACUCGUAAAAACCACUGACAUCUCUUCAUCAUUAAGAGUUCGCGGGCAGGGCGGGGCGGUUAAUGGUAAAUCCGGUUUAGACAUUAAGAUGGAUCUUGAUGGAACUGGAGAACAAAAAUUGUAGGCCGUUAUUAACUAACAUUUGCCAAUUUGAAAAAAGCCCAAGUCUGAUCAUGUCAUGUGGGUCGUCAGAAAUUCUCAUUCACUCAGAAAAGCUGUAUCUUCCUGCAAAAGGGUUUCUCCUCCACUCACUCUUCUUCUAUUUUUCUUUUCUAAAAUUUGCGUCACUACAAUUUGUAAUUUAUGUUGUCUGUCAUUGAUAAGUUCAUGUAUAAAUGUUAUGAUUAUUAACCAUUCUAAAUUCAUUUAUUAAUCUUGUUCAUUCUAAAA